AUGAUAAUCCCAAGAACUGUGCAUGAAGUAGUUGAGAAUCCCGAUGAAACUGUUUCAUAUAUUACAUAUAAGGAGACUACCGUCAAUGGUAAUACAGAGAAGAGUAAGUUAACUCAAAAAAUAAGAAAUAUAUUUGCUUUACAAUACAUAAAUUCAAGUGUUCUUGCUAGAAAGAAAUGGAAAAAAUACGGUUCUGAAACAAAUUCUCCUCCUGGUCCUAAUCAUUCAACUACCCAAUUGGGUGAGGAAGUUUACCUAUUGUUAGGUACAAAUUGGAGAGAAUUAGAAGAAGAACAAACUAAGAUAGAAAGAAAAAAGAAACAGGACAAGUUAGUUAGCUGCAGAUAUUGUGCAGGCCCUCAUUUUAGUAUUCAUUGUCCUAACAAAGCUGAAUCAAGAAACGUUUCCAAUAAGAGCCUUAAUAAUACAACAGCUUCAUCAAGCAAAUCAGUAUCAGAUGUUUCAUCAGACGAUGUUAGAUCAUCACCAUCAAAAAAGCCAUUAAAAGUAUCUGAUACCAAUUCAGUUGCAUCUUCUAAAACUAACCCAACAAUAAACUUAGAGACUAAUAAUCUAGAAUCUUCAGAUGAGGGUAUAAAUAAUGACAAAUAUUCAGAACAGGAAGAAGAGACCUUUAUAAUAAAGAUAUCUCAACUGAACACACAUGCUACAGAAGAGAUGAUCAGAGAUGAACUUCUUUAUGCAUAUGAUAACAUACAGAGAGUAGCUGUAAUCAGAAAUAGAGAAACAGGUAAAUCUAGAGGUUUUGCUUUCAUCACAUUUACUGAUGAAAAAUCAGCUGAGGAUGCAUUAUAUGGUCUUGACGGUAAAGGAUUCAUGAACUUGAUCUUAAGAGUAGAAUGGUCCGUUCCUAGAGAUUAA